CAGUGAGGAAAACACUCCAGUGAAGACACACAUCAGCUGACUCUGGCUAGAGUAGGACCAAGACUCACCGAGCUCAUCCGUGUCACCUCACCUCAGUCCCGGAGCUUAGCGAGCGGACACUCCGCUGUUGUUGACGUCGCCAGGAAAAAGAAGAAGGAAAAAAAACAGGAGGGGGAGACGCUGUUACUGCUGCUGCUGCUGCUGCUGGAUCCUCACUGCAACGCAUUUGAUCUGCGCAGCGACAAAGAGACAGAAGACAGACAUCACCACACCAGUGUUUACCAAAAAUGCCGUUUUCAGUGAACGGCGUUCUGUGCACGCUGGCGCUGCUGCUCCUGUGGAGGGCGGAGGAGCUGGCGGAGGCUUGCAGCUGCGCUCCGGUGCAUCCGCAACAGGCGUUCUGCAACGCCGAUGUAGUGAUUCGAGCAAAGGUGGUGGGGGAGAGAGAAGUGGACACAGGGAACGAUAUCUAUGGAAACCCCAUCAAGAGGAUCCAGUAUGAGGUCAAACAGAUUAAGAUGUUCAAGGGUCCAGACCAGGACAUCGAGACUGUCUUCACAGCUCCUGUGUCUGCUGUCUGUGGCGUCACCCUGGAUGCCACUGGCAAGAAGGAGUACCUGAUCUCAGGCAAGGCCGAGGCCAGUGGGAGCAUGCAUGUGACCCUGUGUGAUUAUAUCAUGCUCUGGGACUCCUUGAGCGCGACCCAGAAGAAGAGCCUUAGCCAGCGCUACCAGAUGGGCUGUGAAUGCAAGAUUGUGCGCUGCCCCUCUCUGCCCUGUGAGAUCUCAGCACCCGAGGAGUGUCUGUGGACGGACCUGAUGAUCGAGAAGCAGGUGCACGGACGCCAGGCCAACCACUACGCCUGCGUGAAGAGGGCGGACGGCUCCUGCUCCUGGUACCGUGGUGUUGCACUGCCUAAGAAGGAGUUCCUGGACACCGAGGACCCUUAAAGUCGCUCGGCACGUCUGACUGCCCACUGCACAGCCUGACGAAAAUAAAUGUAAACAAUUCCAUUGAAAUGAAAUGUAACGGCAUCAGGCAAAAGUGAUUUUUGAUAUCGAAGGAAAGUUAAUGUGACUUAAAUAUCUGCUGCUCUGAAAACAAUCUUUAGCCUCUCGAGGUCGAGGUUGUUCUCAGACACAGCGACUAUGUUGAAACAAAUUUAAGAAAAGGAAAAAAAAGAAGCAUCAUGAGACAUAGACUGGUCAAGUGAUGAUGUAACUUCCUCCUGAGGCUGGCGUCAGGAGGAUAUAAAUUCUCGUUGAGACAGAGCACUUCCUGCCCGGCAAAGCUCUUAAACAGCUCUGCUCUCAGACUCCAAAAUCAAUCCCUAUCUACGGAUGAUCAUCCGUUACCCAUCGUGUUUCUACUUUUAUUACCUCAUUCUCCAUUUUAUUCCAAAGCCAAAAUUCCAAGUUGCCUUUUUUUGACACGAUUGUCUCCCUUUCUCCGAACACUUUUAAGUUACUGCUUCUCUCAUCUUUUCUGCUGGGAACUGUUUGGCCACCAGUGACACCGGGCGCCGCGCAGCAUGUUUGAUCGAUCCAUUUUUUCUUUCUUCCUUCACAAUUCAUCUCGCAUGACUGAUUUUUUUUUUCUUUUGACGUGUUUUUCUUGUAGUGAAUUUUAACAGCAGCCUGCGACUGUCGCAGGCCUCACUGGACCAGUCUAUGCUGUGUGAAGAUGAACGCUCCAAAUUUAAACCUGCCUGUGAGGUUAAAAAACAAAAAAACAACAACAACAAAAAGAAAAAGACUUCACUGCCCCACAGUUCAACCAGAAAACGCCCAAAUUCCUCUCCUCCUCCUUUCUUCUUCUUCGUCACAUCUACACCUCUCUCCCUUGUUGUCUACACUAAGUAGCUGUACAGUACCUAUGCAUAUACUUUUGUUGUUACUUGAUAAUAAUUAUUAUUAUUUACUGCGUUAGAACUAGAUUUGCACUUUUUUGAGGAUGAGUUCCAGUAAAGACAAGAGCCUAAACACUCUGAUGUGACAGUAUUAUCUUUUGCCCAGACGGACAGACAGACUGACAGAUCCACCUCAGGUGCAGAUUUAGCCUAUUGUUUUUUUUUUGUUUUUUUUUUUUAAAUGCUUUUUCGGUGAUCCAUAUUCAGACUCACACAAUCUUAUUCUUGCUGCCUUUGGCAAACACCGGUGAAACAGUACUUGCAGUGAAAGAGUUGGAAAAACGGAAGAGUGGCGAACGAGAGGUGCGGAUGUAUGAGGGAUCUUUGAUGUGCGAAGGAGAAACAAGAAGAGGUUUUCUUUUUGGGAAGUUAUUUCAGUGUCUUUGUGUUUUCUGUCAAUUGCAGUCUCACGGUUUGCCGAUAUAUUCCCCACAGACAUUUCAUCUCACCACUAGUAACGUCUUUCCCCGCUUACUG